AUGCUCUCUGUCGCCGCCUCGAUUGGUCUCAGCGCCUACGCCCUCGCUGUCUUUGCCUCGUACCUUAAGACCGACUACUUUUUCCCCAACUUCAACACGGCGGCACCUAUCCUCGUCGCCAUCCUCAACCACCACCUCGUUCUCUCAAGAUCCGGUAACAUCGACGUCUUUGGACCUCAAUCCUCCUUCGUACCGUCACUUCAAGGCACGAGCCCGGCAUAUCCGCGCCUUAUCAUGUACCAAGAGCUCACGCGUCUUCUCGAUGGCGUGCGGGGUCUGCGCCGCCUCGACGCAACGCAGGUCGUCAAAAUGGUCUCGCCGUACUGUUGGGCCGACCUCAACAAGACGUACGAGCUCGCAUACACUACAAAGCGCCAAGCACGGUGUGCUCAGUACGAAGCCACGAACGGCGCCGUGCACCUCGAGACCGUUCUCCGCAACAUUGAUUUCAGUGGCUUUGUGGACGCGACCCAAGGUCUUUUUCUGUCGGCGAUCGCCCAUCCGAUUGCGCGAAGCGGACCGGCUGGCGCAGCUUGGCUCUCAUCUCUAGAGACGCAUGUGUGGGCAGCCGAGUCCGAUGAAGUCGCACUCUGGGCGUCGUGCGGUCUCGACCGCUAUACGCUGCAGUACGGCACCGGCAUCAGCAUCGGCGUGUCCGAGUCGAUUUUGGUCGAGACAGCACUCGGUCAGAGAUUGUCGCUGCCGCUCAAGACAAUACCGAGCACUAAUCGGUGGACGUUCCGAACGACCCGGGCGCUUUACAACCUCUUGUACAACGACUUGUACGCGAAUGGGGCCAACGGGAGCCUCGUUCGGGGUACCACCAACUACUUUGGUGACGUGGACGCGAGUCGGAUCGAGGCGUUCGCUACGCAACGUACACUCAAACCAGUGCAAGAAGCCGUCCACUAUGGUCUUGGCUCGUUCGGUAGCAUUGACGCCAAGUGGGUACCACCACCACCGCGCCUUCUCACCGCUGUGCAAGCGUUCGAAGCGACCCUUAUUGCAGCACUUGUUGCGUCGACGACGCUGCCAUCAGUUGAUAUGUCGCGCGAAACGCUGCUCGUGACACCUCGGCGCUGGAGAGAUCGUCAGCUCGGCUUUGUCUCGGGCAAUCCCAUGUGCACUCUGGGACGACGGCAGAGCUUUGUCCAGCAAACGUUUCGGUUCGAUGACGUUUGCGGCAGCCAGACACCGUUGACCCUCGAGUGGCACAGCUUCAAUGCCGUCUUUGCAUUCUGGCUUCUCGGCGGCUCCGUGUCGACGACCGACGUCUGCGCGUCCUUUCCCAGCGACGCUAUUGCCUGUCAGCGACUUGUGGCGAAAGCUAAAACGCUGUAUGACGCAUUGUCUCUACCACCGCUGGAUCAGGUGUUGCUCUCGGAUCUCUCAUCGCUGGACGUUGGCUUUCUCCAGAUCUUCUACACCAACCAGACAGCCAUCUCUAUGGACCAGCAGCUGCUCCUCGCACCCGACUUUUCAUUUCUCGGCGCCAUGUAUGUCUACGACUGGGCACUCAACUUUCGCGAAGUCGUCUCGUUCCAAGGCGACGUGGCUACGUACACACUCCUCUCUGGCUUGUACGCUCCGGUGGUUGCUGACCCGAUCGUGCCACCGGCAGCACUCGGCCCGUACCUUUGGUACCUUGCAACCGUCACCACAGGCACUCUAGCGAUUCUGGCCGGGCUUGUUUUUGGACUGCGUUGUGUUAGCGGCGAUGCUGGCUACGACUGGUUUCACUUUGCGCCUCUUGUCGCUUCCGUGUGGGUGAGUCGAAAUUUCUUGGUGUUUCGAAGUGCUGCGGCCAUUCUGUGCUUGGCGACGGCGCCACUCGACACAACGGCUUUACAUGAUGUCGCACGCCUCGUGCUAGCGCCGCGGUCGAUCGCAACGUCAAGCGUGCUUGCACUGGACUGUCUCUGGCUCGCCCACGUGGCGCACGGCGUGCUGCUUCCACUCAGUGCCGCCUGGUCGGCGCUACCGAUUCCGUUUCUUGGCUGGCUCGCGAUCGUUUUGCUUGACCAGCUGGCGCCCGUCGCCUUGACCUCUUCGCUCGACCGACAGUGCUUCGCUAUCAAUAUGGACCAAAUGACGUAUUGUGCCAAUGGCGUCAUCAGCGUCGGCCGUUUUGAGCGGAGUGUGGCCCUUGUGGCGGUCGUCGGGGCUGUUAUUACCGCGUCGUUUGUCUGGUCGUUGUGGUACCCUGACUCUACUAGUGCGUCGCCUCGCCCAAGUGCUGUUAUACCACCGAUAGCACCCCUGCAUGCCACCUCGACAGGUCAUCGCCUGAGCCUGGUCACGGCGAUCAUGUGCGGGCUCGUGCCGCUGACCUGGAGAAACCGCGUUCACGUGUUUGACCUUAAGCUAUGGCUUCUUAUCCAGUCGGACGACGAAGCGCUGGACUCUACAGUGCAAGCCCCUGUCACACUGCUACCAUUCAGCGCACCGUCAAUACUCUCGCUACCCUCAAGGGUCUCACAUUCCGUCUUGGGCCGCAAGUCGGUUCAGAGUUUCCUACGGUGUACAGGGCUUGCGUACAUUGGCAUCACUCUCUGGAGUAACGCGGCCUACUUGAGCGUCUUGGAGACGGCGCUGGCCAACGACUAUGGCUGGGCCGGCUUCAAUGCUACCGGCAUGCACGCCUUCCUGGCCAACACCUUCAACCGCCAGCUCCUCACGUCCACCGACGCUUCGAUUGCACUGCACGACCCAGCGUUCGGGGACCCACUGCAGUCGUACAACUCGUCGGCUAUCACCGUCGCGUGGUAUCCCACGGUAGCGCGCCGGUACCUCUUCAAUGCAUCCGCGCCAUUGCACGAGCUGGUGGCAGGUCUCCGUGCCAUGCAUCCGUGUCAACUGCCGUGGAUGUUUACGCAGUACUGCUGGCUCGACCUGGAUCGGACGUGGGAGAUGGCCAGCACCAGCCAGCGUCAGGUCCGGUGUGCAGAUCUCAGCCAGCACAACGGUGCCCGGUACCUCGAGACGAGUCUGCGUAAUGUACAAGACUGGGCGGUAUGGCAAUCUUGCUGGGGCUCCUCGUUCGACAUUGGCAUCGGCAACGACUUGGCAGCGUCCGAGGCAGGUCGUCAGUGGCUGCACCGUGUUCAGACAAAUGCCUUGUCUGUGCCAGAAGAAGUCGAGUACUGGAGUAACCGUGGCAUCUCGGUGUUCUUGCUGCAGUGGCAAAACUUCAAAGACACGGGUCUCAGUGACUCGAUGGUGAUUUCGACGCCGUUCGGUCUCUCGUAUACGCUGCCCAUCAGUGAGCGCCGAGGCGUCGUGCACCUCGACUACCAGACGUCGCAUCGCAUGUACUGGGGACUCGCGAGCGACCGCUGGGCCGUGAGCACCAACGCGACCAGCAUCGGUGGCUUGUCGCUCUUGCGCAAUAGUCCCCACUUUGCCUUUGCGAAUGCGACACGCGCGAGUUUGCUCUUUGAGAACCUGACGCUCUCGUCGCCGCUCAACGCUGGUUUGGCGCUGUAUGAUAACUCGUUGGGACCGUUUGGCGCCGUCGACAUGGUGUACGUCAGCUGUCCGACGUCGCUGCUUGCGCUCUACCGCUACAUUCUGCACGCGAUCGCCACUGUAACCAGCUCCAACCUUGAAGCCCAGAGGCAAUUUCUCAAUCUGCCUGCCAAGACAUACAUUGGUCAGCUGCCACAGGCUCUGCUCAACGACACAAGCCUGCGCCUCGUGGGGGGUAACCUCAUGUGCGGCAGCGACCUGCCGGGAUCCCGGCCAUCAAGGGCGCUGCUGACGCUAUACGGCAUCGACACAGUUUGCUCGUGGCAAUACCUCGACUUCUUUACACCGUCCACAACCGGCCUCGUCUUUGCCCUCGCUGCGUUUGAUGCAGUGCAUCGCGUUCAGCCAACUGUCGACUUUAGAGCCUUUUGUGCAAGUGAUGUAUACGCCGAGCCCAACUGCGAAGCCAUCUACCUCCCGUCCCAUACCUUUGCGACAAGCUACUUUUCAGAUCCAACUACGCUUGGAGAAUUGGCAGUGGCGGCCGAGGCCGACACCCACAAUCUCUCGAUCGAGAUGACCCAGUACAUCAACCGAACCAGCAACAUCGAGCUGUAUCGAAUCAAUAUUCUGGAUCCGACUGACCGAACCUGGAUGUUUUUUGGCUGGAACUAUUUGGCCGAUUGGGUUGUCGGCAAGCGCGAAGUCGUCUCGUUUCAAGGCGACGGCGGCACAGUCACGGCCAUGUCCCGCUACACGACGCUCUCAACCCUUUCUCUCACCGAGGCAGUGAUCCCGACGCGUCUCUCAUACGUCUGUCAGCAGUGUGUCCGGUACGUUACAGGCGCCAUGAUGGUGGGUGCGGGAGUUGCUGCCUACUAUGCCAUCUUUGUUUGCCGCGGUUGUAUCGAAGGCAUGAACCUCUUCUCGGUGAACCGACUCAUUGGCCACGCGUGGAUUGGUCGAACUUUGCUCAUCAUUCGCGGUAUCACGGCGCUUUGGUUGCUGAACACGCCAUCUCUACAGCUGCUUGCGUUUGGCGUCGGCGCUCGGUUUCAAGCGUCGCCGCUAGCGUGGUUCCCGACGCUCCUGGCUACGUCCGAGCUCACGUGGCUCGUCUACAUCGCCAACGAUCUCUUGAUCGCGGCAGCCUGGUCCUCCAUGCAUCCGCAAGAGUACACUACCUCUGUGCGCCGAACCUGCAGCUACAUCGACAUGGAUGUAACUCUGGUGUGUACGAGCGGCUACGUCGAGCUGGGUCACUGGAGCCGCGUCGGCGUUGACGUCGGUCUUUGUCUCAGCUGUGUUCUCUUGAUGGCUUGUGUCGAGCGACUGCGACACCCCAAUCUUCCAUUGGUACCAACGCCAUCGCUUCUUCUCAACACCACAAGUGUCUACUCGUCCAACAUGACCAACUGGAUCGUCCAUGGCCACGCGUAUAUGGAUCGUAUGACUGCCGUCAUGGGCGGGCUUUUGACGUGGCGCUACCACGGCGUUCUGCACGUCUUUGACAUCAAGUGCUGGCGGACCUUUGUCGUCGUGCCCGAGGCGGAGUGUCCGUUUGAGGUCGGCGCCGUCCUUCCUCUACAUCGCAUUUGCUAG